AUGUUCACGGACUUGUGCUUCUUCUCAAUCGACAAGCACUUGGGCAUCAACUAUGCUGAUGGGGGCAUCAAUCUUUCUGGACAUAACGGCUAUGUCCGGGAUUGCACCAGUCUCGGGCCAGACGUUCCACCUGAAGCUGGAGCAAUGACCCUCUUGCCUCUCUCUGGCGUGAAGACAGCGAAAGGGAAGGGCAAGGCUGCCAAGGGCGCUAAGGCGGCAGCCAAGAGUGGGCCAACAUCGUUCUACGCUGGGAUGCAGUGA